UGAUGUCAGUUCAAUGAGAUUUGUGUAGAACUCUCUCUCUGUAUCUAUAACCCAUCGAGCAAAAGACAGAACUGAGACAAUAAUCGAGAGAAAGAUGCAAGCUAUCUCCAAAGUUUCUGCUGCAGCAUCCUUCUUUAAAUGUUCUAGGAAGCUAGCUAGUCAGCCAUGUGUCAGGCCUUGCGUGAGACAGCUUCACCUCAGAAAGGGUCUUGUCUCUGGUGCCAUGAAGCUUUUCUCAUCCCCUCUUAGGACUUUGCGUGGUGCUGGUAAAUCUGUUCGCUUUUCAAGGUUCUGCAGUGUCUCUAAUGUCUCUUCCUCAUUGCAAAUUGAACUGGUGCCAUGUCUUACGGACAACUAUGCUUAUAUUUUACAUGACGAGGAUACUGGUACAGUUGGUGUGGUUGACCCUUCUGAAGCUGUACCUGUUAUGGAUGCGCUGCAGAAGAAUAGUCGGUAUCUAACUUACAUAUUAAAUACACAUCACCAUUAUGAUCACACUGGUGGCAAUUUGGAAUUAAAAGACAGGUAUGGUGCAAAGGUGAUUGGCUCAGCUGUAGAUAGGGACCGAAUUCCUGGAAUUGAUGUAGCCUUGAAAGAUGGUGACAAAUGGAUGUUUGCUGGCCAUGAAGUACAUGUUAUGGAAACUCCUGGCCACACUAGAGGCCAUAUUAGUUUCUACUUUCCAGGGGCACGAGCAAUUUUCACCGGGGACACCUUAUUUAGCUUAUCAUGUGGUAAGCUCUUCGAAGGUACUCCAGAGCAGAUGCUAGCUUCUCUCCAGAGGAUAAUUGCUUUGCCAGAUGAUACAAGCGUAUACUGUGGCCAUGAAUACACACUGAGUAAUUCCAAAUUUGCGUUGUCUAUAGAACCAACAAACGAAGUACUCCAGUCUUAUGCAGCCUACGUUGCAGAACUCCGUGAGAAGAAAUUACCAACGAUUCCAACAACGAUGAAGAUGGAGAAAGCCUGUAACCCGUUUCUCCGCGCUGGGAACACAGAUAUCCGUCGAGCUUUAGGUAUUCCAGAAACAGAAGAUGAAGCGGAAGCUCUGGGUAUUAUAAGAAGAGCAAAGGACAAUUUCAAAGCUUAGCUGAAAGAUAAACAAGAAUGGUUUCUCUGUACAGAUGAUGAUGGGAUCCUGGUUUAAUCUGUAAUGUGACUAAAUAAGGUGUUUUGAGUUUUGACCGUGACCACGUCUCCUAGUAGUCUUCAACUCUUCAUAAUCAUAUUUCUCUCAUGAACUUUUUUUUGGUUUCUUUUUGGUUCAGUCCCUCCGUACACAAGUUUCUUCUUUGAUAUUAUAUCCGUUCGGUUCCGGUU